UUUCGUCGAUUUGACCGACUUUCGUUUUAGGGUACUGGUACGUUCGAGGUUGCGUUCGCAGUCCCAGAGCUGUCCCGUUGCCAGCCGGGAGAAGAUGUCUUGGCUGUCCGCACGUUACAUGCAUCAUGCAUGUGCCAACCUGCGACGGCAAUUCGGUCUCGCGCCCCAAGUAGAGGCAAGGCGGAUAUCGGAAUUCUAGCCUCCUGGGGCGUCGUUCAGCUUGGAGCCAGGGUUGGUACAGUACAGUACUUGUACAUACGUAUAUAUCAUACGUACAUUGGUCAGGGACCUUUUGAAUUGGCAAGAUCUCGCCCAAAUGUGACCUAGAACGUCCCACAGUUCAGGUCUAUGUCUAAGGGGGGUGUAUGUACGGUAUUUGUAGAUA